CUUUUUUGCGCCGAUUCACUAAAUUACAUUCGUGACAUUUACAUAAUAUUUAAGCAAAAUGGUAUACGUUGCUCUCCGUCGAUCGAUAUCGUUUUUUCAAUCGAUAAGAAUUGGUAUGCCGUUUCAAAUACAACAUGUAUUCGAUGUAUGAAAAAAUUAUGUCUUCCAUCACUAAAUACAGCCUAUUGGCUACCUAUACCUACUCUUUUUAAAUCUAAGAAAUACAUGAUGAGAUGUAUGACUUUAAAAAUAUAUCGAUUAUGAUACGGAUUUGAUAUCUGAAAAUAAAUAUCGAAGCCGAUAUAUCGCGUAUAAAAAAAUCGCUCAUUUAUAUCAAUUUUUUUCAGGAAAAAUAUCGACAUUUUGAUAUCGAUAGUAUCGCCCAAUCCUUACCCCUAUAAUAUACAAUAAAUGCGCAUGCCAUGCGUUUUUCUUAUUGUUACGUAUUUUUUUAGAUUGCAUUUUGUGAUAUUAAAUUGAUCGUGAAUUGUUUUAAUGAAAAUCUAAACAUAAUGUUGACUCCGCGAUUCCAGUUGACUCAAGAUGAUAAUCAUGUAUUCGUUGUAAUACACGCGCCGUAUACAAAUAUCGGUGAUACUGAAAUUGACAUCGAUGGUGAAAAUUUUUUGUUUGUUUCUAGCCCAUAUUUUUUGAGGUUGAGGCUACCAGGCAGAAUAGUUGAUAAUGAUAGCUCCAAAGGUUCAUACACUUGUGACUCGGGAGAUUUCAGUCUCACUUUUGAUAAGGAAACGCCGGGCGAAUACUUCGAAAACUUAGACAUGAUCACCAGUCUUCUGGCUCCCAAAGAUAUACCGGAUAUAAAUCCUAGUUUAGUAGAAAUGUUCGAAGAAGAUGGCAUUACUUUCGAAGAUAAUGAUGAUGAUAACAAUAGUAAUAAGUUUACUUAUGGAUUUGCUUCUAAAAUUUCAACAGAGUUCAGUAGUAUUGGUAGUGAAUUUCCUCAAAUAUUCGAGCUGAAAGUACCAGAGAACGUUGCAGUAAGGGAUCGUACAAACAUGAGAAUAGAGUAUGAAAAUGAUAAAUUCUCUUCUGACCAUUAUUUAGCUGAUUUGUAUGAAGAUGAACUAAUUGCACCAUAUUUAUGCCAUCCACCUUACUGGGAGAGUUCAGAGAACAGUAAUAAUAUUGAGUUCACAGAAGAGGAAGUUGGAGUAUUGAAAGAAUUACCAAAUAAACAUUAUCUACUUAGUAAAAGUGAGAAAAAGCAGAUUUUACUUGGUUUGAUUGACAUUCUUUUUGGUUAUUGUUAUGACAAAAGAACAACACUAAAUGAAAGUACUGUAGAAUCCAGUUGGACUAUAAAUAAAUUGUCUUCAACAUUAAGUUGGUUCUGUGUGUUCGAUGAUGUUAAAGAAGUAUUGGCAGCAUGCUACAGAAGAGCUCUAGUUUAUCCAAUAUUUAGAAACUUUGACCUGUGUGAGAAAGUUAAGGGUGACCUUAUAGCUAUGUUUAAAAAAGGUAAAAAGAUCAUUAUAAAGUGUUUCAUUGAAAUUCAUCAAAUGUUCAACACCAGUAAUGAUGCCCGUUACAUACUGAAUCAGUUGUAUAUUAAAGAUUAUUUAGUAUUUCUUCAAAAAUGUAGAAAUGAAGAGAUUGAAGAGUUACAUAAAAAUAUGAUCAAUAUUGAAAUAACAAAGAACGAUUUAGGCUUAGAAUUGGAAGAGUUGGAAGCUGCGGCAGAAUUAGUACAGCAAGAAGAAACUGAAAUAAUGGAGAAUGAAAUGGCACUAAAAAUGGCUUCAAUGUCAUUGUUGCCAGGUCUUAAAAAGAAUAAUAUCACCUACAAUGAAGAAAGUGAUGAAUAUGAUUCUUCUUCAUCAGAUUCAAGUAAUGAUUCUUCUGAUGAUAGUUCGGACGACUUGGAUUCUGAUGAUGAUCCCUUGUGAUACCACUACUAUGGUUCCUAGUGUUCAAGCAAGGGCUUGUAAUUGUUUCCGCAUGAAAAGACUGAGUAGAAUAAGAAAUGUAAUGGAUGUCUGCAAUAUUUUACAUUGUGAUGAAGGUUUUUCCUGAAUGAGGCUAAUUUUCAUCAGUCACACUUUUAUGAGUGUACAUAGGUACACUCAUUAUAAUAGUAUAAUUUUAUGAUUUUUAGUGAUGCGGAAACUGACAAGCCAAGGACAAUAGAAUAAUUGUAAAAUUGAUGUCCCUUUUGUGCUAUAAAACUGUUUGAAUUUACAUUUGUAUGCAAAUAGGAAUAGGUAUAUGAUAUCCCAAUCUAUUGUAUAUAGUAUAGGUAUUAAUUGUUCUAUAACAAACUAGAUCAUUAUUAGAUGUUUUUAUUUAAUAAAGUUAUCCAAACUAGAAACCACUGGAGUGGAAUAUGCAUAUAUUUAAACUUGAACUUGUGAACAGAAUGUUUAUGUUAAUAAUUACUAUUUUUGAUAAAUUUUGUAUGCAAAAUACUAAUUUUAUCAAAAAUAAUAAUUUGAAUGUUAAAGUAUAUGUGAAAAAUUAUUCUGCAGGCUGUU